AUGAGGAAUCCUUUCGAUAUGGCCGACCUGGACUCCGCCGUCGAACAGGAAGAACCCCAGCCUUUCAUGGAUAUUCACGCCUACCAGUCGCAUGAUGGCAAUCGCUCCCUCUUACAACCCAACGAAAACCGUCACAGUAUGAAGGAUCGCUUUAUCGGUGCCAUUGACACUGGUACCACCAGCUCCCGUUUCAUCAUCUUCGACUGCACUGGUGUUCCUGUGGCCAAGUACCAGAUGGAAUUCCGCCAAAUCCACGAGAAAUCAGGAUGGCACGAACAAGACCCCUUCGAACUUGUCGAUUCCGUAUACACCUGCAUUGAAGAGGCUAUGAAGACCUUCCUCGCACUCGGCCACUCCCGGGACGAUAUCGAGGCUAUUGGUAUUACCAGUCAACGUGAGACAACCGUGUGCUGGGAUUGGGAGACUGGCGAGCCUCUACACCACGCAAUCGCGUGGCCAGAUACCAGAACCACUGGGCUGGUUCGAGAACUCAAGACAAAGGAGGGUGCGGAUGAGCUGUCAAACAUUUGCGGCCUUCCCCUAUCGACCUACCCUUCCUCCAUCACCCUCAUGUGGAUGCUCCGCAACCUCCCCGAGGUUAAGAGGGCAUAUGAUGAGGGCCGCCUUGCUUUUGGUACCAUCGACACCUGGCUGAUAUAUAACCUGAACGGUGGCCCGGAGGGCGGCCGGCUGGUGACUGACGUCACCAACGCCUCACGAACCAUGUUCAUGAACCUCGAAACGCUUGAUUACGAUGAUAAGUUGUUGAAAUUCUUCGAAAUUGAUCGGAACAAGAUUAGACUGCCGAAGAUUCUCCCUUCGUCUGACCCGGAGGGCUACGGAUGGGUUAGAGACGGCCCGCUUGAGGGCAUUCCUAUCACAAGCUGUCUCGGAGAUCAGUCUGCAGCCUUGGUCGGUCACUGUGCCUUCACGCCUGGAUCUGCGAAGAACACCUAUGGCACGGGCUGUUUCCUUCUCUACAACGUUGGUGAGAAGCCAGUUAUCUCCAAGCAUGGCUUGCUUGGCACCGUGGGCUUCCAGCUGGGCAAGCACCGCAAGCCAGUGUAUGCCUUGGAGGGCAGUGUCGCUGUUGCUGGAAGUGGUAUCUCUUUCCUGAUGAACAACAUGGGUUUCUUCCGUGAUUCCCGCAAAGUCAGUGAGGUCGCUGCGACCGUCCCCGACAGUGGCGGCUGUGUCUUCGUGACGGCCUUCAGUGGUCUGUUCGCACCCUACUGGAUUGAUGAUGCCAAGGGAACCAUCUUUGGUAUCACCCAGCACACCCAGCGUGGACACAUUGCACGAGCCACCAUGGAAGCGGCCUGCUUCCAGACCAAGGCCAUCUUGGAUGCCAUGGAGAUGGACAGUGGUCACAAAUUGUCGGAAUUGGCCGUCGAUGGCGGUAUGAGCAAUUCCGAUAUUUGCAUGCAGACUCAAGCCGAUAUCAUUCAGAUUCCCGUUGAACGCCCGGCCAUGCACGAGACGACGGCGCUGGGAGCCGCGAUCGCAGCUGGCUUUGCAGUCAACAUCUGGAAGGAUUUCAGCGAGCUCAAGGACAUGAACCGGGCCAACCGCACUACCUUCCUUCCCCAUGCCUCUCCAGUGCAGAGCAAGAAGAUGUACCGUCAAUGGAGCAAAGCCGUCGAGAUGUCGCGUGGCUGGCUCGACACGAACGAGUCGGAAGAAGAAGAAGAAGGACAGAACGGUGCAUAG